GGAGACCUCAGACUCUCAGUCCGUCACUGUCACUUCAUCACCAGGACCUGUACUGGGCACUGCUCCAUCAAGGCCUGUACUGGGCACUGCUCCAUCAAGGCCUGUACUGGGCACUGCUCCAUCAAGGCCUGUACUGGGCACUGCUCCAUCAAGGCCUGUACUGAGCACUGUUCCAUCAAGGCCUGCACUGAGCACUGUUCCAUCAAGGCCUGCAUUGAGCACUGUUCCAUCAAGGCCUGCACUGGGCACUUUUCCAUCAAGGCCUGCACUGAGCACUGCUCUACCAAGGCCUGCACUGAGAACUGCUCCACCAAGACCUAUACUGAGCACUGCUUCACAAGGGCCUGUACUGAGCACUGCUUCACCAAGACCAACUUUGAAUGGUUGUUGGCCACCAUCUAAACACCAUACAUAACAGGGCCUGAGAGGAAGUCAUAUUCAUCGCUGUAACUGGCACAGACGAACCAGUCUACCACUGACUAUCUACUGUAUUAUCAACUAUCUACUCGUUAUCUACUCCGACACAUGCUGGCAGCCGAUAAUCUUCAUUUAAUGACAUCAUCUACAAGGAGGCACUGCAUGCGGUAGCCUGAGGAAGCUCUACUCCGCUUACACCUAAUGUGAGAAGAAGCCGUAAGUACACCAUUUUGGAGAUGUUUACUGCCAAAACAGUUGUGUACACAUUGAAGCUUAAUCUCCACUGAGCAUCACUGAGAUAACAGCAUCUGGAUCCUCCUACAAGAUGGGCGGGAUGCUGGGCAAACAAGGAUCUCUGGUAAUUGACCACAGUAUGGACGAGGUUCAGCUCCACAACAUGGGCAGAGGAUCCCUCAAGCGUGGUUCCGUUUCUACCAUCACCACCACCACCGGGGACGACCCCCCGCCCUAUGAGAGCGUCCUCAACGGACAGGUUGAGACGCCAGAGGAGCGGAAGGCUCGGAAAAGAUCGUUGUGGAUCGUCUAUUCUUUGGCUUCCGUCAUUACCAUAGGUGCCGCUGCUAACCUCGGCACCUGGCCCUAUCUUCACGAGGAGCUGGUACCAUCAUUGGAGAAGGAAUCUCUCGGGUUUGUAGUGGCGGCCAACCCUCUUGGACAGAUAAUCGCGGGUCCUCUCCUUGGUAUAUGGACCAACAAGACAGGCAGUAUAAGAGCUGCCAGCAUCAGUACGGUGUUCUUGUUCAUCGCUGGCAACAUCCUGUACACCUUGUUGGCCGCGUUCAAAACGGUUGGGCUGAUGGCUCCAUAUUACGCCAUGAUCGCCUCCAGAUUCAUCACUGGCUUCAGUGCAGCCAUCGGGACAAUGUGCCGCUCGUACGUGGCCUCCGCGACGACGGUGGAGGAGCGGACUCUUGGCCUCACUCUCCUCUCCAUGGGUCAGGCUAUCGGCAUGAUCAUUGGUCCAGUUAUUCAGGCCCUGAUAACUGUGGCUCUUCCGGAAAAUGUGGACACGGCCGUAGACUGGUUCAAGUGGAACAAGUAUACAGCCACCUCUGUGUUCGCGGCCGCCCUGGGUGUUGUCAAUCUGUUGCUCCUGCUACCCUGUGUCUUCCAGGAAUACAACAUCUCCAAGCAGGAGCGAGCCAAGAUGACAACAUCCACUCACACUAAUGAGGUCUUCAAACUUCCCAAGCCUGAUUACUGGGCCAUGGGCGGCAUCUUCUACGCCCGUUUCAGCGUUGUCUUCAUCAUAGUAUUCCUAGAGACAUUGUCGGUGCCUCUGGUGAUGGACCAGUACGCCUGGACCGAGAACAAGGCCAUGAUCGUGGUUGCCAUAGCCGUCAGCGCCGCCGGGAUUCUCAACAUAGGCAUGUAUGCCGUCAGCGGCGUGCUGACGAAGAAGUCUGAUGAGAGACUCGUCAUGCUGCUGGCAGGAAUGUUGCCCAUUGUCAUAGGUAUGUUCCUCUUCAUUCCCUGGGGGCAUAACACCAUUCCUAUGCAACAUUGCGACAUGAAUGAGACCACAACUAUGGCCUCUACUACGGAAACCACCUACGAGGCGAUCCGCUGGCCUGUUAUGUCUCAUCUCGAAAUGGGAAUGCCAUCUGAAGACGACGAUGAUUGUCAUGAAGGCUGCCCCGUAAUCCAGCACUGGUGUACUUACACGCCCCAGUUGCCACAAAUCCAACUCCUCCUUGGCUUCAUCAUCGCCAUCAUGGGAUUCCCUCUGGCGCAAGUCAUCAUGCUGGGGAUAUUUUCGAAGAUGCUGGGACCUAAACCUCAAGGAGUCUGGAUGGGGGUAAUUAGCGGAUCUAGCAGUAGCGCCCGGAUAAUUGGCCCAGUCAUCAUCUCAUAUGUGUACUCGGAACUAGGCACUAGAUGGUGCUUUGGCAUCUUGACCGUCGUGACGGGGUCGGCGCUGCUUGAGAUGACCUAUUUCUACCGGCGUCUGGUGCCAAUGAAAGUGCCCAACCAGCAGGGGAAUUACGCCUACGACGGGCCGGCAGCUCAGGAUCACAAGGCAUAAUAAUUGUAUAUUUAUCUGGUUCUUAUCUACUGUAUAUUUCCCCUUAUACAGGAAUAAGUAUUGUCGUAAAGUAUAACUGAA